AUGGAGACUCACCUUCAUCAUCUACAACUAACACUAGCAACUCUCAAGGAACAUUCACUUUUUUCAAAGCUCAGCAAAUGUUCCUUUGGCCAAGACCAACUUGGGUACUUAGGACACAUUAUAUCCGAGGAAGGUGUAGUUGCAGACCCAACAAAGAUUGACAACAUGACAAGGUGGCCUACUCUAGUGACUAUCAAAUAUUUGAGAGGAUUUUUGGGGUUGAACGGUUAUUACAGAAAGUUUGUAAGGAACUAUGGAAUUAUUUCUAAACCAAUCACAGAUUUGUUGAAGAAAAAUAGCUUCCACUGGGACAGCUCAGCUCAAACUUCUUUUGAGAAGCCCAAAAAAGUAGUCACAUCCACCCCAGUCUUAGUAUUACCAGACUUUGGAAAACUAUUUGAGCUCUCCACUGAUGCUUGUGACACUGGUGUAGGAGCAGUUUUGAUGUAG